GGCGGCUACAGUAAAUUCUAAAGUGGACGAAAUAGAGAGGUUUCAAUGUUUUCUGUGUUACGUGGCAUGCUGAACGCAUGAGAUCUUUCAAGAUAUCGCAAAUCACAGCCAAAAUGUCGACAAAAAUCUUGAGAUCUUCAACAACGAGCAUGUCAAUCAUGAACUGCAGCUACAAAAGCACAAGAAUCAUCUUGCAAGUCUUAAAACUAUUUUGAUAAGGUUACAAACUCAAUCUCGUUUUUUGGAAAUGGCAAAAGAAAACUGGUCUCCAGCUGGUGAUCUUGAAAUGACUGAGCACCAAUCAAAUGUAAGGAGUGAAAACAAGAGGGAUAAAGUGAUGAUUGAGGAGCUUGAGACACAGAUCAAUGAUAUGGCAGAAACUCUCUGCACCAAACAUAAAAUUUUGAAAGAGAAGCUGGACCUUUUGGAAAAUAGACUUGUCAGCACAAAAGACAAGAGAAAGAACUUUGAGAUGCUAAAAGAGAAGCUAGAGGAAAUGGGCAACAAAGUGCAGGAAAAGGAAAACAGCUAUGGUUCGUUUGAAGACAUGAAAGCGAAACAGGUAGAGGCAGAAUUGGCCAUCCAACAGUGUACCACGGCAAUUUCUGGACUUGAACACUGCAAAGGAUUGUUAAAGGGCGAAGUGAGUCGUCUGGAAGAGUUUGUAAAAGAAAGGGAAGAAGAACUAAGGAGGCAAAUAGAGAUGACGAACGAUCGUGACGAACAAGAGCGGAAAAGGCGACAAUGGUUGACAGAUGUGGUGGAACUACACAGUCUUCUCGGAGGUGUCUCUGUGCAAAGCCUACAAGGAGACUGCGUUGUCUUGGAGAUACGGAGUGACGAACAUACUGAAGACCAGAGGAGAGAGGUUAUUGGUCGAACUGACUCCCCCUUGAUUUUGACCAUUAGGUAUCGUCUGGACGGAGGGACACGUCCUGUCUUCGCAGGAGCAACGGUCAAUUUGGACUCACUGAAUAUUGAAGAUCUUGUUGGUGAAGCCAUUCUUAGUAAUUGCGUCGCCGGAUUUGUUUUUCAAGUGAAACGACGCUUCAAGAAUCAACAAGGUCUGAUCCGAGAAGUAGAGGAACUCCAAAAGAAUUAUGCGAUAGACUGGGAACCAAGCCACGGCCGUAUCCGAGUGAUGCUGGGGAAGAGCGGUAAAAUUGUGUGCAUUCUGAGAAUUGAUCCUUUAUACUCCUGUGGGCAGGGUUAUGUCCACCUCCUCGGUGUGGAGGGGAGCUCUUAUCACAAGGAAAUACAACAUUUACAGAAUGCUGGUUCUGGUAGGAAUCUUACUCAAGUGAUCAAAGACCUUCGAGAACUUUUUAUCAACCAAUGAGAUAAACCCUUAGAGCUGAGUUCAACAGUUUCCAAGGUGAUUGUUAUACCAGACGGGAGUAACCAAGAACAACUUAUGCUACAACCAAGAAUACUUACGGCUGUAUAAAACGUGUUUUUUAAUACCUGUACCCGUGUUUUUUUAAGAAACUUAAUCUUUAUAUUUACAGACUUUGUCAGAUAUAAUUGGGUGACAAUAUUAUAUACAAACUUUUUUUUUAACCGGGGUACUUCUAAUAUUAAUGGUAUUUUCCUCACGUAUAAAAUAAAUAUUAAGUAUUUUAUAUUAUUUAAACAUUUGGAUUGAAUAAGCUUGAAAAGAAAAAAUACUUCCAACAAAACGUUUGACUAACUUGUCACGCAAUCUACCAAUAUAGUUCGCGUGACAAGGCAUACAUCAAUUCUUGAUUUAAACAUUUGUUUAACAGAUUAGUCUCUGAUGCAUAAAUGAGUUAUACAAUUCAUUUAAUGAUGCAUAACUCAACAGUAACGGUCAGAGCUUUUGAAGUUCAGUCUGGACAAUUCUUGAAGACAUCGUACAAACCAUAACGAGUUAUAUAUAUUACUUUAGACGUAAUGAUCUGUAUGGGCCAUUUCAAAAAUCAAUCUAACACGAUCAGCUUCGAAAUAGCACUCAAUACGCUCUUUACUUUCUUUAAAAGAAGAAAAGAUAAAAAUAUAAGGAACGGUAAGAUCAGUUUUUUUUUUUCGGAUUUAAAAGUCAGCAAACGUAGCGCAAUAUAUUGACCUUAACACAGAGAGAAAUAACGUGCUUCUCUAAGAAAAAGCGUACGAGGUUUUCUCUUUUUUGUUAAAAAAUAUAGACACAAACUUUCCUGCUCUCUUCUUACCUCGUUCAGAAAGACGAGAAUUUCAAAUAUUUGCGCAGCAGAAUUGCUCUGCCUGAAAAUUCGGCGGUCCGUACAUUACUCAACAGGAGCUGCGUCAAGUUUUCAGUCAAAGGUUACAAUUUCGUAAUCUGGAUUCCGAGUCAGUAUUUUCUAUCCUUAUGUCUUCUUGGGUUGUUAUUCCCUUCACGGGUUUCUCCUUAUUAAACUAAUAUUUUAUGUUA